AUGCCUGUCGUCAAGGGAGGGGUUUGGACUAACAUCGAGGACGAGAUCCUUAAGGCAUCCGUCUCCAAAUAUGGCUUGAAUCAAUGGGCACGCGUCUCGUCGCUGCUGGCGCGCAAGACGCCAAAGCAGUGCAAGGCGCGAUGGAACGAGUGGCUGGACCCGAGCAUCCGCAAGAUCGAGUGGAGCAAGGAUGAGGACGAAAAGCUGCUGCACUUGGCCAAAUUGAUGCCGACGCAAUGGCGCACCAUUGCCCCCAUCGUCGGCCGCACGGCGAACCAGUGCCUGGAGCGCUACCAGAAGCUUCUCGACGAGGCCGAGCAGAAGGAAGCCGCGGCGGCACUGGGCCUCACCGGGACGGGCGAAGCUAGGGCGCCGACUGCCGAUUCCGUCCGUCGCCUGCGCCCUGGCGAGAUCGACCCGGACCCGGAAACCAAGCCGGCCAAGGCCGACACGGUCGACCUCGACGAGGACGAGAAAGAAAUGCUGAGCGAGGCGCGCGCUCGGUUGGCAAACACCCAAGGAAAGAAGGCCAAGAGGAAAGCUCGAGAACGCCAACAGGAGGAGUCGCGCCGUUUGGCCGCGCUGCAGAAGAGGCGUGAGCUCAAGACGGCUGGUAUCAACGUCAAGGUCACAACUAGAAAACCGGGCCAGAUGGACUACAACGCCGACAUCCCUUUCGAGCAGAAACCCGCACCUGGAUUUUACGACACAUCAGAAGAGCUUGCCCGGAACGAGCGUGAACGCGCCGCUUUCGAUCCCAAAAAGGUGCAACUCGCCACCAAACGCAAGGGAGACCAGGACGAAGACGCGGAUCGGAAGAGGAGGAAGAACGACAAGGAAGGAUCACAGUCUGCAUCUCUACAAGAAGCGCUUAAAGCCGGUCGCAUGCAAAAGAUGCGCGAGGCUGAGCAGAGUAGCAAGCGUCGGGCUUUGGUGCUCCCUGAGCCGCAGGUUGGAGAGGGAGAGCUGGAGGAUAUUGUCAAGAUGGGGAUGAUUGGUGAACGAGCAGGACAGAUGGCCAAGGAAAGUGCCAAUGAUGCCACCCGCGGCUUGGUUGGCUCCUACUCGUCACUCAACACGGGCGCUCCAAUUCGAACGCCUCGCGCCCCCGAGCAGGAGGAUCACAUAGCCAACGAGAUCAGGAACAUUCGUGCGUUGCAGGAGACACAAUCCUCGCUACUAGGCGGCGAAAACACGCCGCUUCACGAGGGCGUGGCUUCGACGGGAUUCGACGGCGUUGCGCCACGGAAGCAGGUCAUGUCAACACCGAAUCCGCUGGCCACGCCGAUGAGGUCCGGGGCCAACGGGAUGGGGAUUACUCCAGGGGGCCCAGGGGCAACGCCACGGGCGCCAGGACAGACCCCAUUACGAACACCCAGAGACGGGUUCUCUCUAAAUUCUGUGAGUGACGAGGUUGCAUCAAGGCAACAGCUACUCAAGGGUCUUGCUGCUUUACCAAAACCCAAGGAAACCGAAUGGGACCUCGAGCUACCUGAGGAUCAGAUGGAGGUCGAUGCGGCAGAGACUCUGGAGGAGGAUGCAUCCGAACGGGAUCGAAGAGAACGCGAGAUCAGGGAAGCUCAAGAGGCACUAGAACGUAGGCGGCGAACACAGGUGAUGCAGCGAGACCUGCCCAGGCCAGCCGUUGUUGAUCUCGAGCUCUUUUUGAAACAUGCGGAGUCAAUACCCGAUCCCUGCCAGAGCAUGGUUGCUCGAGAAGCAGCCAUGCUGAUGGCGAACGACGCCAUCAAGUUCCCUGCUGCAGGUAUGAAGCCGGCCCGGUCGUCAAAAGUUCAAGUGGAACAAGUGGACGACGCGGCGCUGGCCGAAGCUCGUCUGCAGGUCCUGGUGGAGGCAGGUAGCGCACCCAAACCAGAAGACGUUCAAAAAGCCUGGGACAGGGAAAAGAGCAAUUCACUUUUGCUUGGUCUUGGCUGUUACGACGAUGACGAAGAGCAGGAGCAAGUUGCUAUCAUGCGAGCUGCUCUAGAGGAAGUUCAACAAUCCGUCAUAUCGUCUGCUGAAAAGGGCAACAAACUCGAAAAGAAGCUCAACUUGCAUCACGGCGGCUACAAGCAACGCGCCGAGAUGCUCAGAAAGAAGAUUGGCGAGGCAUCUGAAGCACUUAUCAAGGCCAACGACGCCCUAAGCGCGUUCAAGACGUUGGCAGUUUCCGAAGAGAUUACGAUUACGCGCCGGCUCGAGGCGCUAAGGGAAGAGGUCGCCUACGUCAGUCGACGGGAGCGCGAAGCACAGGAGUUGUACAGACGUAUAAGAGAAGAGUCGGACGAUAUGCCUUUGGUGACUAAUGGGUACCACUAA